AAUAGAGGCCGUCGCCCAAAAACCUCGCUGUGCCUCGCUCAGACGGCCACACUCCAGGAGAGAGGAGCUGCAAAGCCUGAAGCCGGCUGUGGGGAACUCUGGAGGCCAUCUUAGCCCUGCUUAGAAGAGAGCUGCCAUGUGCACAGGGAAGUGCUCGAAGUGCAUUGGGAUCACCCUCUUCCCACUGGCAGUAUGUGCCAUUGUCUCCAACAUCCUCCUGUACUUCCCCAAUGGACAAGUACUGCAGCUCAGCGAGAUCACUGAUUUGGUCUGGUUUUUCCAUGGCAUUCUGGGAGCUGGCAUACUGGUUAUUUUGCCGGCAUUCAUGAUGCUGGGAGCAGGUGGAGCAGGAUGUUGUGCUAACAGAUGUGGGAUGCUGCUGUCAGUGAUCCUGUCUGUGCUGGGAUUUGCAGGAGGAGCAUAUUGUGUGGUCAUCUCUUCCUUGGGGCUGAUUGGGGGUCCUCUGUGUGACACAGGUGAUGGAGAAUACCUCUAUCCUUUCAGGAAUGACACUCUAGAAGACAAUUAUUUGUUUAACCAGACAACAUGGAGUAUUUGCAAACAACCUGAAAACGUCAUCCUUUGGAAUAUCGUCCUUUUCUCUAUUCUCCUGGUCAUUGGUGUGAUUGAAGCUAUUCUUUGUUUCAUUCAAGUCAUCAAUGGACUCACUGGUUUCAUAUGUGGCACAUGUAUGAAGAGAAGAAAGACAAAUAUUUCUGGAAUGUGAAUGACCUACAAGGAAUGCCAAGACAAGCCCCGAACUGCCAAUUCACAUACAAUAAGGAUAGUGUACUGUACUGUUUUAUUUAUGGGGGACAACAAAAAAAAAAUGUUCAGAUGUUUCACAGGGCAAAAUGAUUUUUUUAUGAAGAAGUCGGGGUGGAAAAGGGCUAGAUCAUUUCAGUCUGAGCCUCCACAUUUUCAUUUCUCUAAACAUACCUGCUAAAUCUCAGGUACUGGCAAAAACAUUAAUCUAUCUGGCUCUUACUGCUGUACUUGUGUAUAAAGCACAACAGUUCUCAGAUAAAAGAUCAUCACCUGCCCUCUCAUGUAUGUGAGAAAUGCAGCUGUUGUUAAUGUAUACAUUUAUCAGCUGCAUGAAGCAGAUGCUCUCUGGCUGAUGUAAAUAAUGUCCCGUCCUCCCCAGAUCCCACCGUGAGCUCACCUGUCUGUUCCUAUUGAUAUUCGAGUGGGGCACUCACAGAUUUGAAUGAGGAUGAGCAGAGAAUAUACC